GUGUCCUGCUCCCCUCUGCAGACCUCCGUGGAAAAGUAGCUGUGGAGGAGACUCACGACCACGGAGCUCAGGUUGAGGGUGAGGGACAGCGCCGAGAGCACCGUGGAGACGGGCAGCAGCACGGGCCGGACCGGCGCGGGUAUGACCGAGGAGGAGGCGGCGGCGGCGGACUCCUUCGCUGCCGCCUGGUGGGACUGCAGCUGGAAUAUCAGGAUCACCGAUAAGACGGUCAUGAUGGCCGACAGCCCUCCCAGGAAGGACAGAACGAUUAGAGACCUCUGGCUGUACUUGAGCGUCGCGUUCAUCUUGAAAUUGGCUCCAGAAGGUCGGAAAGAGCAGCUUCCCGUCGUCCAGUGGGACUACUACACUCCUGCGCCGUGGGCAGGCAUUGCGGUGCGCAGGAAACGUUCCUGUCCGGAGGAAAAUUUUCUUCCUCGAGUUGUGGGAGAAGACAUGGGGAGAAAGAAAAUCCAAAUUUCUCGUAUCAUUGACCAGAGAAACAGACAGGUGACCUUCACUAAGCGUAAGUUUGGCCUGAUGAAGAAGGCAUACGAGCUGAGCGUGCUCUGUGACUGCGAAAUCGCCCUCAUCAUCUUCAACAGCACCAACCGUCUGUUCCAGUACGCCAGCACUGACAUGGACAAAGUUCUGCUGAAAUACACAGAGUACAGCGAGCCGCACGAGAGUCGCACCAACACCGACAUAUUGGAGACGCUGCGCAGGAAAGGCCACGGCCUGGACGGCUCCGAGCUCGACAGCGAGGAGAGCGCGCAGGCGGCGGCCGACAAGUAUCCCGGCAGCGACAGCAUGGAUCUGUCUGUGGCCCGCCAGCGCUUCUGUCCUCCCUCUCUGCUGUCACCGGAGACUCAGUUCCUCGUGUCUGCCGGGUGUGAGAACGGCUUCCCCAACUCUUCGGCGUCCGUCGCGGCGUCCCACCGGCCCCCCGGGUUCAAAGCUCUGAGCUCUCGUCCGGGUUCUGCGGGUCCGGCGGGACCGCACGCGGCGUUCAUGUCCCCACAUCCAGGCAUCGGCUACUCCGUGUUCUCCCAUGGCAACCUGAACCGAGCGCUGGACAUGAAAAGCCCUCCUCCUCUGAGCCUGGGCAGCGAAAACCUGCGGGCAGACGCUGCUAAUCAGGCCAUGGGGGCCACAAGAGUAAACCACAGCUCUGCUAGGAGUCUGUUGUACCAGGGCCUGCACAGCGGCAGCUCGAUGGUGGCGAUGGGUAAAGCAGGUCUCCUGAGUCACGGGUUGGGGGGCUACGGGCUCCCCCCUGCUGGAGCCUCUGAGUACAACCAGCCUGGUUUCUUUCACUCUGUCAGUUUACAGCGAGGACCGGUGAAUCCCUGGCAGCAUGAGUCUCAGACUCCUCAUAUCAGCUCAGGAAUGUCCAGCGGGGGGUGCUCCUUCCCAUCUCAGUCUUGCUCCUCCAACUCCUCUCAUCUUGCCUCCCUGAACCUCAGCAUCAAAUCGGAGCGAAGCUCGCCUGACCACAUGUGCUCUCCAUCCUCCCCUCGUCUGCACCACCUCAGGCAGCCUUCGCCCACGGGCAACGGCGACGUGGCGCGCCGCAGCCCUCCAGAAACCCACCCGGCCAACAGGACGAAGGAGCUUCCCAAAGCCGGCUACCCGCAGGACGGAGAGGAGCGAGGGCAGCCUGUCAGGCAGCUGGAUAUGAGUGACGGCUGGCAGACAUAGCCAGCUGCCACCGCCUCCCGCUCAACGGCUGCCAACAAAACCCGACGGGGUCGAGAUGUUUUCUAGCGCGCACCCCCACACGUCUCGUCUCGCAGAGCUGGGCUCUCCAGGGUGGGAAAGAAAUCCUCCCUUCAAGUCACUCGCUUGAUCCCACGAGGCGAUAGAUGCAUACAAUACAGACUUUCUCCUUCUUUUUUUUUUUUAGAUUUUUCUGUGCUGAAACAAAAUACAGUUUGAUUAUGUUUUUUUUUUGUUUGUUUUGCAGCUUUUGGAAAAUAGUUAAAGACUACUUGAGAUCAGGUUUUUAAAGCGGGGAAGUUUAAAGGUUUCUGAAAGUACAUUUGGCCUUUAAAACAGCAUCUCUUCCAAGUCAGGACUGAACCAAGACACGAAACGCCAUUUUUAAAAACAAUGAAUAAACAUUGACAUUUAUAUUAUUUUAGAAAGUGUAGAUUUUUUAAAAAAAUAACCAUUUUAACAUAAAUUGGCUUCCUACAUCAUGAGGAUUAGUAUGUCAAAAUUUGUUUUGACUGAUCAAUUUUUGACUAAUUGAUGAGUCAAAAAUCAAACUUCUAAAUUAUAAUAAAAAGGCUUUUGAAACUAGCAAACAAGAGGCUUGACUCGAAACUUGAUUCGGUCUGACAUGAAAAUUAAUAUCUUGUCCAAGAACCUGUCUAAAAAUAUGCAUUGAAGUUAAUUUGUAAUCAAAAGCAAUAACUUUUACUUUUAUUAUGUUCUCCUAUCAUAAAGGUAAACUUGAAAAGACUCAUUUUCCCCCUGUAGGAGCGUCUCUUGUUCACCUCCGUGAUGCUAGGCUAAUCCGUUGCCGUCUAAGCCAUUUUCAGACUCCAUGUGAACACGCCUGCCUUAUUUAAAGCAGAGUUCUCAGAAUUGGAACCUUUUUCUUUUUGCUCUCAAGAUUGACACAUUUUAAGCUUUAACACUCUUUCUUUUAUAUCUUCAAAUGAGGGAGAUUUUUUUUUUUUUAAAUGAUGCACAAAUGCUAUCCCCAAGCUUUAUGCUAAAUCCUGCGAAACCAAAAGACACAUCCACGUAGCCCAGUGCACACGUAUGCAGGCCGGGUAAAGAUGUGUAAAAGCGUUAGACAUUGAUGGUGGCAGCAUCGUGUCACACUGACAGUCCUGGAUCCUCUCUUAUCAUCUCUGAUGAGGUCCUGACAUGACCAGGACUAUUUGCCUGAUCAGCGAUUUGGCUUAAUUUGCUCACAUGCCUUGUUAAAACAUCUUGUGGUGACACAUUUUCAGUUUUCUGGUAGGAGUCCAGAAAACUUCCUUAAACCUUCUGGUAUUUACAAAAACAAGAAACAUGUGAUAAAUUGUAACAGGUGUUCUGCAUCACAGAUACUUCCACCGUAUUUAUGAAUGAAAAUUCGAUAGCUUUCCCGACGUGGCUCUCCAAAAAUAAGACAAUUAUAUAGAUACGAUUUUAAUAUUUGAUAGUUAUGAUAAUUUCCCCCUAGAAAAAAAUUUGCUUAGAUUUUCCUUCUCCCCUCAUUCUGUUCACUGUGUGUUGGCACAAAAUACAUGCCUUCCUUACAACAAGUUGCCAAAAUAAAUUUGGCUCACUAAUAAAUAAAAGUUUGCAUUACGCUGCAGUUUUUUUUAAAAGUGUACUUACUGUAUUUAUCUUUAAUACCAAUAAUAAAUGUGGAUGGACGCUGAACCGAACAAGGUCAAAUGAGACUUUGUUGCCACAGCUGCCGUCUCUCGCCUCUUCAUGUUGUAGAUGUUGCUGCUUAUGCUGCUCAUAAAUCUUUGCUCUUCUAUUGUUCUGCUCUUUUUAGCUCCAUUGAUGUGUAGUAAAAACUGCUGGUGUCCGUUCAAGAGAAGACCUUCAGAUCAUUUCUGCUUCUUGUCCUCUAGGGGGCGGUAUUGUGUCACACUGUCGCACCUCGUAAGGCUCAGGCUGUCUGCGGAAAGCUUUCUGCUUUCUGCUGAUUGGUUAACUUAAAAAAAAAGGAUGUCCAUGACCUGGUGGAGGUUCAGGUUCAUGUUUUACCUCAGUGAAAAGAGGUCGUCACAUCGAACCUCUGCGGCGGAAUUGGCUUUGUUUUUAUUUCAUGCGUUUAUAUAUCUAAAAAAAAUAAAAUGUUUUUAUUAGUGUUCUUAUUUUACUGCAGAUUAUUAUUUUUUCUUUCCUAAUGUUUGUUGAGUUCCUCUCCAGCAGAACAGAGACAGAUUUUUAUUUGA